UCUGCUUUAUUUUUUGACAAGUUAUUAACGGUCAAAUUGGAGGGAAAAUCAUUUGGCUGCGUGUUGGGAACAAGCUUCUUUUAGAAAUAGUUGUAAGUUAUUAUUAAUUAUAGUAAGGAUGUCUCAAACAUCGAUUACUUCGUUUUUUAAUAGUAGAAAGAGACCGGCCUCCGACGAUAUUAUAACUUCUAAAAGCAAACUACCACACAUCGAUCGGAGUCAUGAAGCUAAGAUUUUAGUUAGUGGAAAAGGUUCUGUAGUUAGGAAAAGUGAACUUUCUAAAAAGGAGCUUAGGCUUCCAAGUAAAUCUACUGAUGUGAAGAAGGACGAAACAAGACAGCAGAUUAAUCAGCAUGCGUCGUCAAAAGAAACUAAACCGAUACCGCCAAAAUUACCUGCAGCGUUUUCCAAGAAAGUUAACGCGUCAAACACACCAAAGAGCGCAGAACCCUCCCGGCAGGAAGCUAUCAACUCAUCGCGGAAGGAAUUGAGUCUUGGAGACAUAAGGAAGAAAUUAGCGGGAAGUUCUAGGUUAGCUGACUUGAGAGCAACGGCUGACCGUCUUAGUAAAGGCAUUCAAGAUCUUAAGGAAGCCAGUGACAAGCGGAAUCUCAAACAAUUCAAGUCCAUUGAUGUGGAAGUACCAUCAAGUCCCAGCAAAAAAGCGCAAUUACAAAAUGAAUUGCUGUCUCCGCAGAAAACCUUGUCAGCCUCAGUGUCUCUGGAACGGCCUCUUAUAUCCCCAAGGAAAGUUUUUGUCAGCCCUAUCAAAAGUCCAAGCAAGGUACCAGCUUACAUCCGCCAUGCUGCUUUGGCCACCUCCUCAACAAGCCUGCCACUACCUCAUCACUACAGAUUCCUUGCUGAAAUCUUCCGCAGCAUGGAAACUGUUGUGGCUUUACUCUUUAAUAGAAACGAAAAGAUAACUUUUGCUAAACUCAAGCCUUCAGUCCAAGAAAUGCUGAAAAGGUCAUUCACUGAAAAGCAUUUAGCUCAAAUAAAGCAGCUGGUGCCUGAUUUCUAUAAUUUUGAAGUACAAAAGAUUAAAAACUUUAGCACAUCAACACACAAAGAGCAAUAUGAAUUGUUAAUAUCACCAAAUUUCCCAAAUGACAUCAAAAUGAUGAAUCCUAGUGUGUUAUUGGAGAGACGCAGAUACUUUUUCGAUAUUUUACUUCAGUUGGUGAAGAAACAUCACUCACAGUAUUUACAGACUCUUGACCCACCUAUGGUAAUACCUGAUGACAAGUUAACGCGCUGGCAUCCAGAAUUUGAAAUUGAGAAGGUUCCUGAAGUGGACAGUGCUAAACUGCCUGAAAUACCCAAUGUGGAGAAAUUCUCAACUGCUCAAGAUGUAUUGUCAAAGGCGCGUGAACUGUUCAAAUGUAAUACUAAGAUGGAGAGGGCUUUAGAAAAGCUAGCUCAGGCCAAGGCACGAGGACUUACUGAUCAAGAGAAGGCUGCCACUGGCAUUGUAGACACUAAGCCAAGUGCUUUAGUGAAUGGAUUAACCAGUACAAGCACUCAAACCAGUCAGCCAUCAACUAGCUCAGUAACAUUACUGAAUCCAGCACUUCGAAACUUACCCACUUCCCUCUUAGAGAAAGUGAAAGCUAAGCAGGCUGCUAAAGCCCUCGAGGCUAUGACGAGAUCUACAGAGAACGACCAGAAGUACUUAAUCUACUCUCGUUUACCAGAUCUCUCUCGGACACUAAGGAAUAUUUUUGUCACUGAAAGAAAAAAUGUCUUGGCAUUGAACAUAAUCCUCUCCAAGUUAGACAGUAGCUUCAAAGCGAAUGUAUCUGCAAGUGACCUACAGAGAGAUAUUAAAGUUCUCACUGAAGAAUUGCCAGAUUUUGCUAAAUUACAUGAAAUAAGAAACAGUACUUAUCUGAAAUUAGAUAAAAAUGCUGACCUACAAAAAGUAAUUUCUAAGUUAGAUGCUUUGGCUGCAAAGUAUAAAAAUGAAUAAUUUAAGUUAGCAUAUUGACAUUAACAAUUAAGACUGAGUAAGUAUAAAUUAUACUUUCUUAAAUUAUGCAAGGCAGACUCUUCAGUUUGUUAACAACAAUGUUGUAAUAUUUAUUAAUAUCCUUUAAGUAAAGAUACAAACAAAUCAACGGGUUUGUAGAUAAGUAUAACAGUUACAGUCAGUAAAAUAGUGUUUGUGAUAAUUGUUCAGACAGUUAAUGAC